AUGACUUCAAACAUGAAUGAAGACCUUGCCGAAAUUGUUAUUUUGUCAGCAAUACGAACGCCUAUUGGCGCAUUAAAGGGAUGUUUAUCAGCGCUCAAAGCUCAUCAGCUUGGUGCAGUAGCAAUUAAAGGUGCAUUGGCUAAAUUGAAUGGUACCAUAUUACCAGAUGAAAUAAAUGAAGUUAUCAUGGGUCAAGUAUUGACAGCAAAUGAAGGUCAAAAUCCAGCACGACAAGCAGCACGUAAUGGUGGCUUACCAUAUCUUGUACCAGCAACCACAGUUAAUAUGGCUUGUGGUUCAGGCUUGAAAGCAGUCAUUCUCGGUGCCCAAGCUAUUCGUGCAGGUGAAGCUUAUAUUGUAGUUGCUGGUGGACAAGAAAGUAUGAGUCAAGCACCACAUUGUGUCUCAAUGAGACAUGCAAAGAAAAUGGGUGAUACUACUCUUAUUGAUUCAAUGGUUCAUGAUGGACUAAUAGAUGCAUUCAAUCAUAUUCAUAUGGGUAUUACAGCCGAGAACGUCGCGGAAGCACGUAGUGUUACACGACAAGAACAAGAUGAAUUUGCUUUACAAUCCCAACUCAAAUAUGAACGAGCCACAUCCUUGGGACAUUUCGAUACAGAAAUAGAACCGAUUAUUAUUUCUACUGUGAAAAAUCUUAAUGAUGGAGCUGCUGCUAUUAUUCUUUGCUCAAAUCGUGUUGCUAAAUUAAAACAACAAAUUCCUUUAGUAAGAAUUGUCUCAUGGGCACAAACAGGUAUUGAUCCACUUAUUAUGGGUUUAGCACCAAUUAAAGCUAUUCAAGAAGCUUUACGUAAAGCAAAUUGGUCGAUUGAUUCAGUUGAUUUAUUUGAAUUGAAUGAAGCAUAUGCUGCUCAAACUGUAGCUAUUAUUCGAGAACUUCGUAUUGAUUCUGAAAAAGUUAAUGUAAAUGGAGGUGCCAUUGCUCUUGGUCAUCCAAUUGGUGCUUCUGGUGCCCGAAUUCUAGUCACAUUGAUACAUACACUUAAACGGACAGGUUUACAACGAGGUUGUGCUGCUUUAUCUAUUGGUGGUGGUAUGGGCAUUGCAAUAUGUAUUGAAGCUUGUUAG